AAUAAUCAGAAGAAAAUAAUAAUCAGAAGAAAAUGCCUCGAACCAGGAGAGCUGCGAGAAAGAAAAAGAAUGAAAAUGCGUCAGAGAAGGCGAGCGAAAUAGCAGAAGUGACGCCUAAAAACCUACUGAACUUCGUCAUAAGAGACUUGCAAGCACAGAUGCCACGUACAAUAGAUCUGGCCAUUAAAAGGUACGAGAGAGAGGCCCUAAAGUGUGUUAGACAGUUACCAGACAAAUCGUCUUUUCCUCCAGAAAUAUGGAACAUGGAACUAUCAGAAUUUUUACUUAGAGGAGGUGAUAUGGAGUCAGCUAUGCAAUCAUUGAGAGCUGAUAAAAUGAAAGAAUUCUCAGUAGCACAAGAAGAGAAUGAAAAAGAGAACCAUCUGGAAAUUGAAAAAGAGGUGGAGCCUCCUCCUUCAGUUGCUAUGUCAACAAGAUUAAGAUCGAGAACUAAAGCUGUUACUGACUAUACAACACCAGCAAGAGCAACAACAAAAACUGUUCCCGCCUCAACUACUGCCAAGAGAAAACCAAAGCAGCUAGAAGAAGUAAAGCUCUCAAUGGUAUCAAAGACAGGCUCACCAGUGGAUGAAGAUAAAGUAGUUGAGGGCAUGUUAAGUGGAGCUAUUGAUGAAUUCUUAAAAGGAUUAAUGCCACAUUUAUCUAAGAAGGCUCAGUCCAAAGCUAAUCAAGUAUUUGAAGAUUCGGUUUCUAAAUUUAAAGAACAGCUCGUCCGAAAAGAAGGCGACGUUACUCUAGUGACACCACUGGUAUCAUCAACAAGAUCCAGAAGGAAAUAAAAUAAAAUGAUACCCUCCUCCUCCUCCUCCCCUCCUCCUCCUCCUCCCCUCCUUCUCUUCAUUAUUUUCUGUUAACUUGUUCCUUGACUUUCAGUAUAACAAAUAAAUGUAAUCUAUUAUUAUUAUUAUUAUCAGUCUAUAUACAUGUAUGUAAGCCUUUCUUGCUAUAUAUGUGUUGGUUGGCAUAGUAAUGUCUUUGAAGUCCUGCCACUGAGUGUGGGGACUAAUUUAAUAUAGUACACCUACAUCCAUGUAUGUGUACCUGUAACAACAGCUAAUCUCUUUUUCAUUAUGAAUAUGACAUCUGUAUAACCAA